AUGGACUCUGAUCCAGCAUACAGCGACACCGAUGUGCCGAUGAGCUCACGGUCGAUGGCUCAUCAGCUGGAGUCCCCGCUGGUCUCAAAUCACGACCCGAUCCCGUCUUUUACUCACAGCCCGACCCGUUCUCUCAGCAUAUCCAAGAAGGCCGUCACCUCGAUUCCUGCCAACCUUUUACCAUCGGCUCCUGCUUCGCCCCCGACCCCCGCGCCGAGUCCUACACCGCAUCAACGCCUCGCAGAUUGGCGAUCGAGCGACGAGGAGGAGUCGGCCUUCCUCGUCAACCUACGCAUACAUUUCAGCACCCUCACCAACUCCCGGAAACAGAAGCUGUUGGAGUAUCUUCUGGACGGAUGCGAUAGUCAACAACUGAGCUUCGUGUCCAGCUAUGUCGGUCCCAGGUUACGGAAGGAUCCCUUCCAGGUGUUUCCUAACGAGUUGUGCUUGAGGGUCCUGUCCUUUAUCGAUGACCCAAAAACCCUUGCCCGAUCAUCGCAGGUCUCCCGUCGCUGGAGGGAACUGCUCAACGACGAUAUCACCUGGAAGAAUCUCUGUGUGAAGCACGCUUACUCGGUACGGCGCAACUCAGGGGACGGCGAGCUGGACUCGUUUACCACCGUGCAUUAUACCGAGCCGGUCGUGGACACACGAGCCAUGGCCAGUUUACGUCGAUUGACGGCAUCGACCGAACACGCGGCCGCCCGUCAGCCUCCUACGCUACCCCGCACUCUGUCGGGCGAAUGGUUACCUCCGACAUCCCUCUCUUCGCGACGACGUCGAGUGCGGCCCAUCUCGUAUCGCUCGCAGUUCAAGCAGAAAUACAUGGUUGAAUCAGCCUGGAAGAAGGGCGGUCGGUGUACCCAGCACCAUAUCACCCCGGAUCAGGGGGUCGUCACCAGUCUGCAUCUGACGUCCAAGUAUAUCGUGGUCGCCUUGGAUAACGCCAAGAUUCAUGUCUACGACACAAAUGGUGAUAACCAAAAGACGCUGGAGGGCCAUGUGAUGGGCGUGUGGGCGAUGGUUCCGUGGGACGACAUUUUGGUUAGCGGCGGAUGCGAUCGUGAGGUCCGCGUGUGGAAUAUGGCAACUGGAGCGGGAAUUCACUUGCUACGCGGGCACACAUCAACAGUGCGCUGCCUUAAAAUGUCCGACCGCAACACCGCCAUCUCGGGCUCUCGAGACACCACUUUACGGAUCUGGGAUCUGGCCACGGGGACAUGCCGCAACGUCCUGGUCGGGCACCAGGCAAGUGUUCGAUGUCUGGCCAUUCACGGCGACCUUGUGGUCUCUGGUAGUUACGACACGACGGCUCGGAUCUGGAAUAUCCCUCAGGGUCGCUGUGUGCGAACCUUGUCUGGUCAUUUCAGUCAAAUAUACGCCAUUGCGUUUGACGGACGGCGUAUCGCAACCGGGAGCCUAGACACCAGCGUGCGUAUCUGGGACCCACAUUCCGGACAGUGCCUUGCGAUUCUGCAGGGACAUACCUCUCUCGUCGGCCAGUUACAGAUGCGCGGCGAUACUCUGGUCACUGGUGGAUCAGAUGGAUCCGUCCGUGUCUGGUCUUUAACCAAGAUGGCCCCCAUUCAUCGAUUGGCCGCUCAUGAUAACAGUGUAACCAGUCUUCAAUUCGAUAACACAAGAAUCGUGAGUGGCGGUAGUGACGGUCGUGUCAAGGUGUGGAGUCUGGCCACCGGCCAGUUGCUGCGAGAAUUGAGCAGUCCAGCCGAAGCUGUAUGGAGGGUGGCAUUUGAGGAGGAAAAGGCUGUCAUCAUGGCAAGCCGAUCUGGCCGUACCGUUAUGGAAGUCUGGUCCUUUUCUCCACCACCCGAAGACGCUGAGGACGGGGUCGCCAUUGAAAGCGCAUCUAGCACACCGGAUAUUGGUUCAGCCCACGACAGUGAGCUUACCUUUGACACCCGCCGUCGCAGUCUAUUCGCAGAUCCUUCGCUGAUGAUUCCAUCCGCCGGAGAUGAUGAUCAGCUUAUGGACGACGCGUCGUCAUGA